AUGGGUUUCUACCCAGUAGCCAGGCGCCCAGGCCCCAAAGCAGUUUUUCUAGCCGAUUUAUCAGACCCCAUGACCUUAUGGGAUUAUUUUAUUCAUGGAUUUAUCGAUACCAUCUACUUAGAAGGAACCAAUCUUCACUGCAUCAACGAAUUCCCAUCAGCCGUACAAACCAUAAUAAGAAAUUAUAAGACACGCUUUGCCAAACAAGAACGAGGAUUAUUUAUAAAAAUGCAUUCUAGCUAUCCAAUCUUUGAUGAAGACAAACAAUUACUUGUCCCAAGCAUUACCUUCGCAAACAUGGGAAUUAGCAACGGCUUAAAACCAACAAAAGAUGACCUACCUCAUGAUGAACCCACACAAGACCAUCUGAUUUUUGCAUUAGACAGAGUCUACCUCGCAUCAUCUCGCAUAGGCAACGGCAAAGAUCAAAAAUCAAGAAUCAGAGUAAAUUAUGCAAAUAAAAAUUUCGUUAUAUACUCCCUAACAAACAAUGAAAUCACACCGAAAGCAAUAAAAGCAAUUGAAACUUUCGAACAACCGUUCGAAAAAUUUUCUCAUCAUCUAGCUGAAUUACCCGUUGAUCUAAAGAAACAACUUUGUAAACACAUCAUGCAUGCACCACAUCAUAACUGCAUUCACUGUAAAGAAAAUAUAGAAGAAACACCAUUCAUGGAAGACUAA